GUCUCCCCACCCCCACCCCGGGACCAAAAGGAGGCGAAUUCCUGUGGGUCCCAGGAGUGCCAAGAGUGCACAGCAAGACGGGAAAUUGCAAAAGUCCUCACCCCUCUGCCCUCCCCCGUGGCUUUCCCGUAACUCCCGCCCCUCGGCGCUCGCCCCGCAGCUGAUUCAUAGCCCGGCCGGGGCCGCCUCUGCACGUCCACACCCGCGUCCGCGCCCGCGCCGCGCCCGCGCCCCCCGCGCCGCCCAGGACUCGGCCCGGCUCUGCGAGCCCCUCGCCCGCGGCAAAACUGGAAUCUAUGGCUCUCUUUGCAGUCUUCCAGACAACAUUCCUCAUAACAUUGCUGUCCUUGAGGACUUGUCAGAGUGAAGUCUUGGCUGAACGUUUACCAUUGACUCCUGAAGCACUUCAAGUUUCCAUCAAUUCUACGCAACAGUGUUUGCAUUUACAAUGGACUGUCCACAACCUUCCUUAUAAUCAGGAAUUUAAAAUGGUAUUUCAGAUACAGAUCAGUAGAACUGAAACAUCCAAUGUCAUCUGGGUGGGGAAUUAUAGCACCAUGGUGAAGUGGAAUGAAACUGUGCAUUGGAGCUGGGAAUCCGAGCUUCCUUUGGAAUGUGCGGCACACUUUGUAAGAAUAAGGAGUGUGGUGGAUGAUGCCAAGGUCCCUGAGCCGAAUUUCUGGAGCAGCUGGAGUUCUUGGCAGGAGGUCAAUGUACAAGAUUUUCUUGGACAGGGUGCAUUGUUCGUUUUCCCUAAAGAUAAGCUGGUAGAAGAAGGCUCCAAUGUCACCAUUUGUUACAUUUCUGGAAACAUUCGAAAUAACAUAUCCUGUUACUUGGAAGGUGAACAGAUUGAUGGAGAACAACUUGAUCCACGUGUAUCCAUAUUCAAGUUGGAAAACGUUCCUUUCAUUAGGAAAAGAGGGACAAAUAUCUAUUGUGAGGAGAACCAGAGAAAUGCCAUAAGCAAUGGCACUGUUCUCUUUGUCUCAAAAGUACUUGAGGAGCCCAAGGACUUUUCUUGUGAAACCAGGGACUUCAAGACUUUGAUCUGUACUUGGGAUCCGGGGGCAGACACUGCCUUGGCUUGGUUUAAACAACCUUCCCAAAGCUACACUUUAUUUGAAUCAUUUUCCGGGAAAAAGAAAAGUUGUGACGAGAAAACCCGGUGCAACUGGCAAAUAACUCAAGACUCACAAGAAAUAUAUAACUUCACACUCAUAACUGCAAAUUACUUUAGGACGAGAAGCGUCAAUCUCCUUUUUAACCUGACUCAUCGAGUUCAUCCAAUGAGACCCUUUAGUGUCCAAUUUGAAAAUGUAAGUGCCACAAAUGCUGUAAUGACCUGGAAGGUGCACUCCAGUGGGGAUAAUUUCACACUUUUGUGUCAGGUUGAACUCCAUGGUGAAGGAAAAAUGAUACAACAGCACAAUGUUUCUGUCAAGGUGAAUGGCAAGUACCUUUUAAGUGAACUGGAGCCCUACACAGAGUACGUGGCCCAAGUCCGCUGCGCUGACGCCAACCACUUCUGGAAAUGGAGUGAAUGGAGUGGUCAGGACUUCACCACAUCUGAAGCUGCUCCCUCAGAGGCUCCUGAUGUCUGGAGGACUGUGAAGUUGGGGCCAGGAAGUCAUAAUGUGACCUUACUCUGGAAGCCACUAUCAAAAUUUCAUGCCAAGGGGAAGAUCCUGUUCUAUAAUGUAGUUAUAGAAAAUCUGGACAAGCCGUCCGGCUUAGAGCCACACUCCAUCCCGGCGCCGGCCAAUGGCACGGAGCUGUCCCUGGACGAGGGCUCUUACCGGAUCCGCGUCACGGCCAGUAACAGCGCGGGUACCUCUCCCGCUGCUGUGAUGGUUGUCUCCGCAGACCCUGGAAACAAAGUGGUUGAAGAAGAAAUAAUUAACGGCACAGAAGAUGGAUUUUCUAUGUCCUGGAAACCCCAGUCUGGAGAUGUCAUGGGCUAUGUUGUAGAGUGGUGUGACUGUCCCCAGGACCCACUCUGUGACUUGCAGUGGAAGAACCUAGGUCCCAACACUACAACUACAGUCAUUAGCUCCGAUGCUUUUAGACCAGGGGUCCGAUACAACUUCAGAAUUUAUGGGUUAUCUACAAGAAGGAUUGCUUAUUUAUUAGAGAAUAAAACAGGAUACACUCAGGAGUUGGCUCCUUCGGACAACCCUCAAGUGGUCAUGAACAACUUGACAUCCCACUCCUUCACUCUGAGUUGGAAGAAUUAUUCCACUAAAUCCCAGCCUGCUUUCAUAAAAGGGUACCGUGUCUAUCUGAAAUCCAAGGCGGGGCAGUGCCACCCAGGAGCUGAAAAGGCAGUUCUUCCAGAUAAUACAGUAUGUUGCCAAUACAAAAUCGACAACCCGGAACAAAAGACAUUCUCUGUGGAAAAGCUGCAGCCGGAAUCCUUCUAUGAGUUUCUCGUCACUCCAUACACGAGCGUCGGGGAGGGGCCCCGUCGCACCUUCACGAAGGUCAGGACUCCGGAUGAAUACCCCUACAUGCUGCUUCGCGUCAUCCUGCCCGUGAUCCUGUGUGUCCUGCUCCUGGUGCUCGGGUGCCACCUGAAGAGUCAGUGGAUGAAGGAUAAGUGUUAUCCCGACAUCCCAGACCCUUACAAGAGCAGCGUCCUGUCGUUAAUCAAAUCCAAGGAAAAUCCUCACCGAACAAUAAUGAGCAUCAGCGACUGCAUUCCAGAUGCUAUCGAAGUUGUAAACAAGCCAGAAGGGACUAAGAUACAGUCCUUAGGCACUAGGAAGUCACUCACAGAAAUGGAAUCGACUAAGCCUACCUACCUUUACCUCCUUCCAACAGAAAAGAAUUACUCUGGCCCUGGACCCUGCAUCUGUUUCGAGAAUUACACCUAUAAUCAGGCAGCUUCUGACUGCGGUUCUUGUGCUCAUGGUCCAGUGCCCCCAGAAGCCCCACCAAGUCAGCUGGGACUACUGACCUCACCUGAAAAUUUACUAAAGGCACUAGAGAAAAACUACAUGAACUCCCUGGGAGAAAUCCCAGCUGGAGAAACUACUUUGAAUUAUGUGUCCCAGGUGGCUUCACCCAUGUCUGGAGAUAAGGACAGUCUCUCAACAAAUGCACUAGUGCCACCACCCUGUUCAGAGUAUAAAAUGCAAAUGGCAGUACCCUUGUGUCUUGCUUCACCUCCCCCGACCGAGAAUAGCAACCUCUCCUCAAUUACCCUUUUAGUUCCCGGUGAACAUUACCGUUAACCAGCAUGCCCACUUCUUAACCUCUAUGCUACACAGACACUAAACGGAGCUAGCUGGCACCACCCUUCUCGUCACCAGGUGCCUUGGUCCCUAAUCCCAGUGAGCUACCACUACUUGCAGGUCUGAUUAAAGUAAGACCACUACAGUCUGGCUGGGUUAGAGGCCAGAAGCUAUGGAAACUUGAUAUUCCCCCUAGAAACAGGCUUGCUCUAGAAAUGGCAGGAUCACGGGGAUGUGCUUACCUUGCUGCUGUUUGUUCCAGGCUCACCUUCCGAUUGGUAGACCUAACUUAAGGAUGGGCAUGAAGUGCCCCACAGACCACGCCCACCAUACUAUACAGGUUGGCUGUGUCCUAGAAGUUCAGUUUUUAUCAAGCAAAUACUUUCAUUAACAUUUACCCUACAUCUAAUAUCUUAAGGGUAAAGCAGUUGGACUAAAAGUUUUUGUAAAGGCCACAGAUUUAUUACUAGAGCAUAAAUUGUCAAUGUAAAUUUAUUGAGUUUAAUGAAAAAGUCACAGGUGUUUCAGACCAAACAGGCUUAGAAUUGCCUUGAAGGGAUAAGAAUUUGUAUUUCACUGACACAGUGAAAUUAACUUUUUGGGGGGGGGCAUGGACCUAACCUACUAGGUAAGAGGUAUGAAUAAAUCAGUAAGAUCGCCACAAUUCUUCUGUCAAGCUUAUGGCAGUGAAAGAAUGAGAUUGGCAAAAAACUCCCAGUGUCAGUUGCACUUCUGCUUAGUGUAAGAUAUCAGUAUUCUACCAGAAUUUUUGAUGACUACCUCAGAAUAGAAGAAGGAAAAUAUAUUAUCAAGUAAUUCCAUUCACAUUUUAAGAUUACUCUUUUCUUUCAAGAACUAUAUGCACAUGACCUGUUUUCACUUAGCAUCCUUUGGACUCUGCAAUAGGUUGUCUGGGUUAAGAUCUCUGUCUCAUUUAUAUUCCUAUUAUGCUAAAAUAAGUAAAAUGAAACCUCGUUGUUGGACAUAAUUUAGAUAUACCUGUAAAAAACUCUGUGGAGUAGGAAAUUCUGUGUUGGCUCUGAAGCAACUUUGCAUGCUUUGAACCAAUAUAUGUAAAGCACCUGGUACAUAACUGGCGUUCAGUACAUGCUAGUUCCUUUUUUUUCCCUCUGCUGAUCAACUCCUAAUGUUUAAUCUGUCACAUUUCUAAACAAGCACGAAGAGGGCUUUUGUUUCCCUGACUGCCGUCAGCAUGGUGGAAAUGACUCUGCUCAUGCCUCUCCCUGGUACCAAGCACCCUGCAUUGUGCCUUUCAACGUUAUGAGGAGACACGCAUCCACAUCGCAAAAUAAUGCGGCUGUCAAGUGGCCUAAAUAUACCCACACAAACCAGUUCUUCAGUUGAAGCUUCUCAACUCUUUCCUUACCAUGUAACUAAGUAUUUAUUCUGCUGGACAAAUUGGUUAUGUGCUCCUACUAUAGUACAGAGCUGUAUCUUGAUUAGUCUAAUAGUUGUGAGAAGACUUUGGGGCCAGUAUACUCAUCAUUUAUCCUAUUUAUUUACACUCCUUCAUCAUGAUACAAUAUUUUUCAUUUGAAACUUGUACUCAGAAACGUCAAUGACAUUGAUGACUGAUUUGUACAUGGUAUUUUUCUUAUAGAUUUUGUUUAAAAAAUAAUCCACAAAACCUUGAACCUUUGCUAUUGCAAUAAGCCUUAAUUAAAACAUUUCACCAUUA